ACUUGUGAGAUCGGUGGUUGCCUAUUACCGACUAUCCGAAGGGAGCGCGUGCGAGGGUAAAACAGAAACAGAAGAAGAACGACAGGAAAAAUAAGAAAACAAAAAUAGCGGGAGAGAGAAAGAGCGCGAGGAAAGGAAGAAACCCGAGCAACUAUGGCCCUAUCAGCAACUCCUCCGGUUCUCUCGCCAACCUCCGUCCCUGCCCCGGGAAGCCUGUUCCGCUCGGAUCCGCUCUACACGAGCCCCUCCGAGUCCCCGCGCCUGACCAGCAGCAUGAUCAACUCUUUCAUCAGCGGCAGCGGUGGGGGAAACGGGACCGGGACCGGCGCGAGCGUUAAUAACGAGUGCAAGAUGGUGGAGGUGCACGGGGUCAAGGUGGCUUCGUUCAGCGUGGACGGUCAGGAGCUCAUCUGCCUCCCGCAGGUGUUUGACCUCUUCCUCAAACACCUGGUCGGCGGGCUGCACACCGUCUACACCAAGCUGAAGCGCCUGGAUAUCUGCCCGGUUGUGUGUACCGUAGAGCAGGUCCGCAUCCUCCGGGGGCUCGGAGCCAUACAGCCGGGGGUGAACCGAUGCAAACUCAUUACGCGUAAGGACUUCGAGGCGCUUUAUAACGACUGCACCAACGCCAG